AUAAUAUUGUUUGUCUGGCGUCGAAUUUUAAGAAAUACAUAGUUCCUUGUAAAAGAUUCAUUUUUUUAAAAUUAAAAAUAGUAAAAUUGAUUAAAAAAGACAAAAAAACGAUCAUAAAUGGCAUUGCAGACUUAUGGAGAUAAACCUAUAAGCUUUCAGCUGGAAGAAGGUGGGGAAUAUUAUUAUGUUGGAUCAGAGGUUGGAAAUUAUCUGCGGCUUUUUAGGGGUACGCUAUAUAAAAAGUAUCCUGGUAUGGCAAGAAUAGUUCUGUCUAAUGAAGAACGAAAAAGAUUGACAGAAUCUGGGCUUAGUAAUCAUAUUUUAGCUAGUUCUGUGUCACUUCUGAAAGCAACUGAAGUUGAUGAAAUAAUUUCUGGGAAUGACGAAAAGUAUCGAGCGGUUUCCAUAGGUACAUCAGAACCUCCAUUACCUCGGGAAAGUAAAUCUAAAAAACCUCCACAAUGGGUUCCAACCAUGCCAAACUCAAGUCACUUGGACGCAGUUCCCCAAGCUACUCCAAUUAAUCGAAAUCGAGUGCAUAAUAAGAAAGUAAGAACAUUCCCAAUGUGUUUCGAUGAUACUGAUCCAACCGCAAAUCUAGAAAAUGCAGCACAAACCGAAAUUUUGGUACCUAUAAGAUUAGACAUGGAACUUGAGGGACAAAAAUUGCGCGACACAUUUACUUGGAAUAAAAAUGAAUGUAUGAUAUCACCUGAACAAUUUGCAGAAGUUUUAUGUGAUGAUUUAGAUUUAAAUCCAGUACCAUUCGUACCGGCUAUUGCUCAGGCAAUUCGCCAUCAAAUCGAAGCCCAUCCGAACGAACUUCCAUUGACUGAUGAAAGUUGUGAUCAAAGAGUAAUUAUAAAAUUGAAUAUUCAUGUUGGAAACACAUCAUUAGUCGAUCAAAUAGAAUGGGACAUGUCAGAAAAAAAUAAUAAUCCUGAAGAAUUUGCAAUGAAACUAUGCGCUGAAUUGGGCUUAGGAGGUGAGUUCGUAACUGCAAUUUCAUACUCGAUUCGUGGACAGUUAUCUUGGCAUCAGAGAACCUAUGCAUUUAGUGAGGCUCCAUUGUCAGUGGUUGAUGUUCCAUUUAGGAAUCCAAGCGAUGCAGAUUCUUGGGCACCUUUCCUUGAAACAUUAACAGAUGCAGAAAUGGAAAAGAAAAUACGUGAUCAAGAUCGUAACACACGAAGAAUGAGAAGAUUGGCAAAUACAACUACUGGAUGGUAAAAAUUUGAUAAAAUUUUUAUUGUAUUAUUUAAUAAAAAUAUUAUAUAAUUAGUUACUUAAGAGAAAUUAAAUUUUUUUUUUAAUUUUCAAAUACAAACAAACUUUUAUUUACUUCUUUAAAAAUACAAAUUAUAUUCAUUG